AUGUCGGACAAGAAGCAGCCCGUGGACCUCGGUCUUCUGGAGGAGGACGACGAGUUCGAGGAGUUCCCUGCAGAGGACUGGACCGGGCUGGAUGAAGACGAGGACGCUCACGUGUGGGAGGACAACUGGGAUGACGACAACGUAGAGGACGACUUCUCCAACCAGCUCCGAGCCGAGCUGGAGAAGCACGGAUACAAGAUGGAGACUUCCUAG